AUGAGAGUGCCUAUUGAAGAAUUAAUAAGAAACCAACCUGAUGAAGUUCUAGUUUCAGAUGGGGGUUUAGGGACUUUAUUAGAAAGCAGAGGUAUUAAUGUAUCUAGUCCAUUGUGGUCAACAGUACCGUUUCUAAAAGAUGAUUUCUGGGAUUCUGAAACUAAAACUUCAGAUAGAAAUAUUAUAGAAGGGAUAUAUAGAGAUUAUAUCACUAGUGGAUCAAGAAUUUUAUCUACUAUCACGUAUCAAACCAGUUUUGCUUUAAUCUCUACACAUACUGAAGUGAAAACAAUUGAAGGAUAUAAACAACUUAUUAGAAAUAUAACUUCAUUUUGUAGAUCUGCUAUUGGUGAGGAUAAUUAUCUAAUUGGGUCAAUUGGUCCUUUUGGUGCUCGUUUAGGUGCAGAAUACACAGGCAAUUAUGGUGACUCUCCAAGUAACAUUAAUUACUUGGAAUAUUUUAAACCACAAUUAGAAGAAUUCAAUAAUAAUGAUGAUAUUGAUAUCAUUGGAUUUGAAACCGUGCCUAAUAAGUACGAAUUAGAAGCAAUUUUGUCAUGGGACAAAUCAGUCAUCUCCAAGCCAUACUAUGUCAGCCUUUCAUUAUUAGACAAUGGUGGAUUGAGAGAUGGGACAUCAUUUGAAGAGAUAGCCACCAUCUUCAAAAAAUACUCCAAUAAUGAUAAUUUGAUCCUUACUGGCGCCAAUUGUAUUUCCUUUAAGUAUGCAUCAGAAAAUAUUUCAAAAUUACAUCAAGCCAUUCCUACAUUACCUUUAAUUGUAUAUCCUAACAGUGGUGAAAUAUAUGAUCCACUUACCAAAAAAUGGACAAUUGAUCAGACAUUUGGGUUAACAUGGGAAGAUUUGAUUAAAGAACUAAGAACAAGUAAUGUCAGAAUCGUUGGUGGCUGUUGUAGAACUACGCCUGAUGACAUUAAUAAAAUAAAGGAUAUGAUUACUAAAGUUAAGUAA